AUGCUUAGGUUGGUUUGUAUCAAAGGUGAAGGUGGUGGUGAGAGCUGGAUAGAGAUGGCUCAGAAUCCAAGAGUUAUGCCAAACUGUGUUUAUGCUUCUAAUCCCUAUCAUGAAUGCACUUCAAAUUGUUUGCAAAAGAUCAAGGAAUCUAAUUCCAAGCCACCUAAGAGUAAAAAGAGUUUUGCUUAUCGCAAAAGCGUUACGGAUCUUGGUAAAACCAAAAAGACGAACGAAGAAAAGCGCACGCUCUCAGGCUGUCCUAAAGCAUCUAAUCCUUACCAUCAGUGCGAUGUAAAUUGCCAGAAAAUAAAGUCGGGAGCUGAUUCAGGUGUCAUUUCGUCGAAGUUUGAUAGGAGAAUUACGAUAGGUUCUAAGCCUGAACUCCCGGUUCUUGACAAUAUUCCAGACUCAAAAGUCGGAGCUAUUUAUCUCAGAGAUGCUGCAUCGCCAAUAUCAAAAUAUUACGAAACGAAAAAGUUGGAGCCAAAAAGCAAUGAGAUAGUACCCGCUUCCGAUGUCAAGCCUGGCAACGGAAAAGUUCAACCGAAGGAUGGUUCCGAUCAUUUAGCCGGCACAAUACCAACAAAGCAAGCAGGAGACAAGAACUCUUCGACAAAAGUUGUUCCAAUUGCCUGCAUCGACGACAUUGGAGAAGGUUUAACGUCAUCAUCUGGUGCAUCCAAGCACUUCAGUUAUUCUGACAUUGUCUGCGAUAACGAGGACAGUGAUGAAGAGGAGAGCGAUUCCGUGGUUUCCGAGCGACGAGUUCCAGUUGGAAAAUACCACGUGAAGGAAAGCUUUGCUUCUAUCCUCCUAUCCAUCAUUAAAAAGUACGGUGAUAUCGGCGAAAGCUGCCAUUUGGAAUCCGUCGUGAUGCGAUCCUAUUACAUCGAGUGCGUGUGCUUUGUGGUCCAAGAGCUGCAAUCAUCCUCAAUAAUGCACUUAACAUCGUCCAAAGUCAAGGAACUGUUGGCCGUUCUUAAAGACGUAGAGUCCGCUCAACUUCGCGUGGAGUGGUUGCGUACGAUUGUCAACGAUAUUGCUGAAAACAUCGAGCUCAUCAACGAGCACCAGACCGUGGAAACGGAGAAGGCCAAGUCUGAUAAAGAAAUGAAAUCAUUAAAGAAAGAGCUUGAAUCAAAAACCGAAAUUCUUGUUCAGAAAGAACAAGAGGUGGCGGAUAUUAAAACGAAGAUCAACGGAAUCAGAGAACGGCUCGGCGAGCUCGAGGUGAAGUCAUCUGAUUUGGAGAAGAACAUGUUAAGUAUCAAAUCAAAGGUUGAUAAUUUGGAUAGCAGAUCAUUGCUAGAUGAACUACUUUGA